AUGCCUCAAGGUUAUUCAUCUCGAGAUGUUGGUGACCCAUCGCAAAUCAAAAAGAAUAAACAAUCAAUGGCAGAUCUCAAAUUAAGACGUCUUACUGAAUUGAACAAUCGACUCCGAGAAGAUUUAGAACGCGAAAGGAUCCCAGUCUCUCAAGCUGCUAAGAGUAUCAUUCAAUAUACCAGUCAAACUAAAGAUUUUAUGGUUCCAUCAAUUUGGGGUACCGUUGAUAAGAAGGAUGAUCCAUAUGCGCCGCAACAAAGUGGUGGAUGCUGUUUGGUGAUGUAA